GUACUAGCGACUAGCAGAGCUGAUCAACCAUGGCUUCCAGGCUACCUCUUCUCGGGAGAAUCUCUAAACUUCUCAAAGCUCCGCCGUCGACACCCCUAUGCUCUUCACGUCAUUCACUUGCUCUGUGUUUUCUUCUUCGAAAAAUUUCGACACCUAAUGUUUCUCCUUGGACAUUCGCCUCUCCUAGAAGCUUUUGCUCCGGCCCUCUAAACCUCCCCCAGGAUUCUCAGGGACCUGCAGCCAUCGAUUACCGUUCGGUUCUGUCGGAAGAUGAAUUUCACAGAUUAGCUAAUUCAACAAUCCAUGAUCUUCAAGAAAAAUUAGAGGAAUAUGGUGAUGUUGUUGAACUUGAUGGUUUCGAUGUCGACUAUGGGAAUGAAGUUUUAACACUAAAACUUGGGACUCUGGGCACCUAUGUGAUGAAUAAACAGACCCCUAAUCGACAAAUUUGGUUAUCGUCUCCUAUAAGUGGCCCAUCCAGAUUUGACUGGGAUCAUAAUGUUCGAGCUUGGGUUUAUCGGCGAACUAAAGCAAAUUUGUCGAAACUCUUGGAAAGUGAGUUGGAGCAACUUUGCGGUAAACCAGUCAACCUUUCGUAGACUGUUGUAGAUCCUAUGAUGAUCACAUAAUUUCGACACUCGAAGC